AUGUCUUCCGCCGAGAACCCCGCGAAGCCUGUCGAGGAGACCAAGGCAGAGGAGACGAAGACCGUCACCUCCUCUGCCGUCUUCUCCAUGUUCGGAGGUGGCGCAAAGAAAGAGAAGAAGGACGACGAGGAGGACCGCGGCGAUAACUCCGGCAGCAACAAGGCCCAGCGCGACGCUGCCGCUGCCGCCAAGGAUGGCGAGGAAGGCGAGGAUGCCCCCGAGUCCGAGGAUGUCCACUUCGAGCCGGUGAUCCGCCUGACCGAGAAGGUCGAGACGAAGACAAACGAGGAGGCCGAGGAGCAGCUCUUCAAGAUGCGUGCGAAGCUGUUUGUCUUCAAGAAGGACGCACAGGAGUGGAAGGAGCGCGGUACUGGUGACGUCCGCCUGCUCAAGCACAAGGAGAACGGCAAGACUCGCCUGGUCAUGCGACGUGACAAGACCCUUAAGGUCUGCGCCAACCACUACAUCGUCCCGGAGAUGAAGCUGUCCCCCAACGUCGGAUCUGACCGAAGCUGGGUGUGGAACGCCGCCGCCGAUGUGAGUGAGGGCGAGGCCGAGGCCGUGACUCUUGCUAUCCGCUUCGCCAACUCUGAGAACGCCAACGCCUUCAAGGAUGCCUUUAUUAAAGCCCAAAAGGAUAACGAGGCGCUCUUCGACGCUGACGCUCCCGCCGAGGCGGUCCAGACGAAGGAUGACGAGCCCAAGGAGACCAAGGAGGCUGAGGCUGCCUAG